AUGUUGUGGUGUCGGGCGGGUGGCCUCUGUCUGUUGCUCUGCUCUGCCUGGGUAACAGCAGCACAAGCUGCGGCAUUCAAUCAUGACAUCACUCAGCUGAGCUACACGGAUGUCGACUCGCCUCACCAAAAACACCUAAAAUCACAACAACAACAUAUUACCCCCACAGCCAUCUCAUCAAUCCUCUUCGCCUCUCUCGAACGCCUGGCCCGUCUCGUAGACAUAGCCUACUGCGUAGGAAGCCUUCCCGGCAUCUCGCGGCCCUUCACCUGCGCGUCGCGAUGCGCCGAUUUCCCCCACGUUUCACUCGUCACCACCUGGGACACAGGCCCGCUGCUGACAGAUAGCUGCGGCUACGUGGCCGUUGACCACGCUGACGAGGCCAUCGUGGUCGCCUUCCGAGGUACCUACAGCAUCGCCAACACUGUCAUCGACCUCAGCACAGUGCCGCAGGAGUACGUGCCCUACCCGGAACCCGACGGCGACGGCGACAGGGAGCGCUGUGACAACUGCACCGUGCACUUGGGGUUCCUGGCCAGCUGGAAGGUCGCCAGGAGUCUGGUCCUGCCCGCCAUCGAGGAGGCGAGGCAGAAACACCCCGGCUUCAGCAUCAACCUCGUAGGCCACAGCCUCGGCGGUGCCGUCGCUGCGCUAGCGGCGCUCGAGCUGAAGCUUAUCAGCGGCUACGAUGUCGUAGUCACGACUUUUGGGGAGCCGAGGGUGGGCAACCGCGGCCUGGCAAAGUUUAUCGAUCGCGUGUUCGGCCUGGACCAGGAAGCAAAAGAGGACAUGGCGUACCGCAGGGUCACGCACGUCGAUGACCCGGUGCCGCUGCUGCCGCUCGAGGAGUGGGGGUACAGGUCUCACGCGGGCGAGAUUCACAUUGGGAAGCCGGCGCUGCCACCAGCACCGGCGGACCUGAAGCUAUGCAAAGGCGAAAGGGACUCCGAUUGCAGCCACGGGAAAUCUGACGCAGCACUGACUACUUUGUUGCUUGGGGAAGAACAUUAUCUGAAGGGACAGCACCUCAAGCUAUGGCAGCUGUUCUUUGCCCAUCGAGAUUACUUUUGGAGGCUUGGGCUUUGUGUGCCCGGUGGUGAUCCGGCAGAUUGGGGUAGAGACAAGUAUGAUACGGCUCCUGGGCAGGAUGAGCUCUAA